CUGACCAAUCAAAGUUGAAGGGUGUGGCCCCUCAUUGUGCUGGGAGCAGUAUACAUUGGAUGAUCAAGAGCUCUGAGUAGACCACUGGGACACUUCAGCAUGGCAAAGGUGACCAGUGAACCACAGGAGACUAAUGAAGGUGUGGACAAACAGACCCCACCAAUCCCAAGUACCAAAGGGAGGAAGAAGGGGAAGACUCCCUGUCAACGAAGGUCCAGAUGUGGCGUUAAGGGCCUAAAGACCACCAUGAAGGCGAAAAGACCCCUUCAAGGGAGCACCAGCAAAAAAGCCUCUGAAACUAACACCCCUACAGGAAAACCUGAGAAAGCUAGAGGAACAAUACUGCGUGGUCGCUAUCGCCGGCUGAAAGAAAAAAUGAAGAAAGAAGACGCCGACAAAGACGACGCCGACAAAGACCAAGAGACUGUGGAGAACGCCACCGUUUCAAGUGAUGACAUGAGCAGCCAAUAA